CUAAUUUAUUGCCAUCUUUUUUCCCCUUUCCAAACAAGUUCAUUUCCCGCACCAGUGUUCCGAUAACCGAAAUAAAAAGCGUACCCAUUUUGCUUCAUCGUGCGAUCAAGUUCCACCGAUCCCAAAGUCGAAACCUUUGGAAGUUCUUUGUUGGAAAAAUUAGACUCUGAUAACAGAAGAAAAGGCAUGGCCGCAAGAACAGUCGCCAAAGACAUCAUCACUCUUCGUGGUUCCGCAGCAAUCGUUAGCGAGUUCUUUGGAUAUGCUGCCAACAGCAUUCUUUACAAUCGUGGAGUUUAUCCUGAAGAAAGUUUUGUGAAGGUGAAGAAAUAUGGUCUCCCCAUGUUGCUUACUGAAGAUGAGGGUGUUAAAUCUUUUAUAACCAAUCUAACUGCCCAGCUCUCUGAAUGGCUUGAAGCUGGCAAGUUGCAGAGGGUGGUCCUUGUUAUAAUGAGCAAGGCAACCAGUGAAGUCCUUGAAAGGUGGAACUUCAGCAUUGAGACUGACAGUGAGGUUGUUGAGAAGGGUGUCUCAAGGGAAAAGAGUGACAAGGAAAUCAUGAGAGAGAUUCAAGCGAUUAUGCGGCAGAUUGCUUCAAGUAUCACUUAUUUGCCAUGCUUGGAUGAACCUUGUGUUUUUGAUGUAUUGGCAUAUACUGACAAAGAUGUGGCAGUUCCAUUCACUUGGAUUGAGAGUGAUCCAAAACUGAUUGCAAAUCCACAAAUGGUGAAAUUGCAUUCCUUCGAUACUAAGAUUCACAAGGUUGACACACUUGUAUCAUACAAGAAUGAUGAAUGGGAUGAGCAGUAGGGGCCUUUUUUCAGCUUGUGUGUUUUGUUUCUUCAGGUCUUGAGUGAAUUUUGUGUUGUGUUGGACCUGACAAUUGUGAAUUUUCUAUUCACAUUAUUAGAUGUGUGUACCACUGUGGGUGUAAACGUGGGGUAGUUUUAAUCCUCUCUUCUUUAUGGGGGUCUCAAGAAAUCUCUGUUCUUUUCUUCAGAAGGUUGGAUUUAUCAAUCAUUUCAGUCUUAUGAAACAAGUGAAUCGUUCUAAUUAA